AUGUCUGACAAGGGAACGGUCCAUGAGGAGUCUAACCCUCAAGUUCCAAAACCCUCCAAGCGAGCCCGUUGCGCGCGCCACUGCAAGCGCUUCUGGUGGGUGCACCUCAUCAUAUUUUGCUGCAUCACCGUCCUUGUCGUAUGCCUGGUAAUCUUUGUCGGUGUCCCCAAGAUCGCCCAGAGCAAAGUCAACGACGCCAAGCUCAGGAUCCAGGGUGUCAAUGUCCUGGAUACGCAGCCCCAGUCAUUCACCAUGGAGAUCAACUCGACCAUCUCCACCGACGGCUCCAUCAAGGCCAAACUCGACCCGUUCAAGGGCGAGAUGUACCUCGCUGACCUCGGCAAAGAUAGCACCUUUGCCACGGUCAACCUCCCCAAGACCAACGCGAAUAAGCACCAGUCGGUCAAUGUCAGCCAGCACGUCAACAUUGCCGACACGAAGAAAUUCACAACCUUCAACACCUGGUUCGUCAACAACGAGACAAUGAGGGUUUCGAUCGACGGCCACACCAAGGUCAAGCCCUCGGGCCUCAGUCGCAAAUCAAAGGUUCACUUCAAGAAGACGGUGGAGAUGAACGGCCUCAACAAUCUCAAGGGAACCACUGUUCCCGUCGAUACGGCUGUACUAUCCCUCACCACGGACGAGGACGGCAACAACUUCAAGGGCGUUGCUAAGAUUCCCAACGCUUCCGUCUACACCCUCGACAUUGGAAACAUCACCUACUCCAACUAUGUUGGCGACGUCAAGGUCGGCAACAUGACCAUAAACAAUGUCUUCCUUCGUCCCGGCAGCAACACAGUCCAGUUCACAGCCUCUGUGAAUCAAGCACGUGUUGUCAAUUUACUCCAGAGUGACCAGUACUGCAAGACCCAGGUCAUCCCCUUCGAGCUGGUCUGUGAAAAGGUCGUGAACGACGGCCAGGAACUCAACUACUUCCGUGAUGCACUCAAGUACAAGAGGCAGGUGGUUGACAUGGAGAUUGGCAAGAUUGUUGAGAAGACUCUCGGUUCAAGUCUUGGGUGCGGCUCCAGUUAG